GCGACGCGAAAGCGUCACUGCAAUCGAAAGCCUCCCUGGCGGCUCUGGAAAAAUCGGAUAUCCACUUUUCCCCAGUUGCUUGCUCGAAAAGAAAUGUCUCGAAUAUUCUCUCCAUCCUCCUCCUCCUCCUCCUCCUCCUUCUUCUUCUUCCACCACUGACCGAGUCGCUCGGGAAAAGCCGGAGGAAAUCGGAGGUCGAGACGGAGGGGCGCGGAGAACGAGGAGGAGGAGGAGGAGGCGAUGGUGCUGUGGGAGAUCACGCUGGCGACGGCCUACGUCCUGGGGCUGAAGCGGACCUACAAGCUCGCGCUGCGGAUCCAGCGCCGCUUGAUCGGCCCCAAGCACCCCAAGAUCCGUCAGUUCCUCCACCGACGAACUCGUGUUGUGUUUGAUGUGGCGCUGAAGGUUCACAGGAACAUACAAGAGAGAGACAUUGAAGUCGGUCGGAAUCUUGGCAACUGGAUUCUACGUUCGCUGGACCGGAUCAAACCGUCAGCCCAAAUUCGCUGUUCUUCCUCAGGGAGCCCUAGCAAUUCAAGCACUGGCAUGAAUAUGACAAAGCAGAUCAAAGGCACUUCACAGUGGAAAAACCCUGGGACUUUCAGCUCAUCCAAAAAUCAAGAAUCUGAUCGGCGCAUGUUUUCCUCGUUAAAGAACACAUGGCCCAGGCCUUUUCCUACCAUCACAAUGAUAAUCCAGUCGGCGAAACCAACCAGCCGAAUCACGCAGUACAGGCAUGUCACCUAUGGGCCUGAAGUGCCAAGGUCGCAUUUUGCUCGUGGUCAAUUUGGUGGAGUUUUCCGAGAGGACAUAAUGCAGUGGAUGCUGCAUAGAUGAACUAUGGAAUUUCCCUUGUAUCUCAGACACGGCAAGCUUAUAUCCUGUUCCUUCAUUUUCAAUUUUUCUUCCCUUUGUUGUAAUGGCGGUUCAUUAGGGUCUUGAUUUUCUUUCGUGUAAAUUCUUAUGACCCUCCCUUUUUUCUUUGGAAGUCUUUAAUAUCUGAAAUAAAAAAAAAGGGUCCUCUGAUCGUUUCUACUGGCAAAA